AUGGAUAGAAAUGCCUUUCACACUUUAGUUCUCUUAACUAAGGAUAUUGGAGGUUUGACCGAUAGUAAAAGUAUGUCGAGCAGCGAAAAAUUAGCAAUGUUUUUAAAUAUCUUGGCUCACCAUGAGAAAAAUAGAUCAAUCAAGGUUGAUUAUAUUAAAUCGGGAUGGAGCGUAAGUCAGGCUUUCAAUAAAUGCUUGAGUGCUAUUCUCAAACUAACUCCAUUGCUACUUGUUAAUCCUAAACCAGUACUUGAGGAUGCAAUUGAAGAUCGAUGGAAAUGGUUUGAGGUAGGUUCAGCUGCCGAUGGUCGUGUAUUACGAGAUGCUAUAGUACGAAGGAAUGGUAACUACGGAGGAUAUACGAAUGGAAAAGGAUUUCUUUCACUUUAUCAAGGUUAUAGCUAUUGGUUAAAGGAUUGGCGAGGCGAUAAUCCAUCGCCUCGAUGUAAAGAAGAGCUUUUCAACAUGAGGCAUGAUAGAGCUCGUAAUGUAAUUGAAAGGGCAUUUGGUUUGGUGAAAGGACGUUGGGGAAUUCUUAAAAGUUCUUCAUGGUACUCGGUUAAAGUUCAUAACAGGAUCAUUAGUGCUUGCUGCUUGAUUCAUAAUUUCAUUCGUAGAGAGAUGGAAGUGGAUCCCUUAGACAUUGAUAUAGAAGAACAAAUGGAGUAUCAACACGAGAAUAUUGAUGUUGUUGAAUCGUCGGAGGAGUGGACCACUUGGAGGGAUGAGCUGGCUCAAUCAAUGUGGAAUGCAAGAUUUAACAAUUGA